AUGCUUUGGCUUCAAACACAAAAUGUAGCAACUACAGGGACUAUGAAUUUGGGUGGGUCUUUGACACGUCAGACAGAGCAAGAUGUCGUUAUUAGUGAACAAAGUCCUCAUUUGGCAAAUAUUGGAAAAAUGAUUGAGGACCAAGAAAAUAAAAUGAGAGCAAUAUUAAAUGAAGUUUAUUUUGGAAAAGCUCGACAAAUUGUUGGUGAAUUACGUUCUGUUGAGAGCACAACAGAAAUUAAAAGUCGAGAUGAAUUGGUUGAUGAUAUUAAACGAGCAGUUGCAAGUAAAAAAGGAAAAGAUGAAGUAUAA